AUGGCACCCAAGAGACUAGUGCGGAAGCAGUCAGUAAUCACCAAAAUCAAGGCCUUCCCGUUUGAUUUCUACUUGUAUCUCAAUGAAAUCAGGUUAUCGAUAGACUGGGACGAUUAUGCACCGACAUUGGGGUUGCCAUUUGGCAUUUCGGCCAUUGCUGCUUCGGUUUUGACGCAGUCCGUUCUACACUAUUAUACUUCCAUUAAUAGCCGAUCAAAGAAUGCCCUUUUCAAGUCGAAUCAUGUCCAGUACGAGAGCAUCAAGAACUCCCUAGUUCCGUUCGAUAAGAAUGUAGGUAUAAAGGCCCGGCGUUUCCCCGAUUUCCAGAAUGACUUGCCCACAACCACUACAUUUGUAUGGACGUUGAAUGUCUUGCAAGGCGUCAUUAUUCUACUCUCGAUUGUCAAUACAAUUUGGAUUUUCACGGGAAGCAGAAGUUACCAGCUUCUCUAUUGCAAGCAUAAACCAAAAUACAAAUCGGCGGUUCACCCCGCUAGUCAGGAGUCAUUUCUUUUUGUGACUAUAUAUUUUUUGUUCAAGUUGUUUUCAAGCCAAAGUGAGAGCGAAGGAGAAGACGAAGAGGAUGCUGCUCAAGAUGCCAAUGGAACCACGGAAUUGAACGACGAGGAGUACUGGGAGUUGAAAGUGUGGCAGCCCUCGAAAUUCUGUUUGAGCAUAUUUGUAGGGUUGAACCCCAUCAGCAGUUACAUAAGCUACAACUACACGUCGAAAUGCUCAUCGCUAAGCAUCAUUAUUCUCAUAGCCAUGAUCUCGGCUUUGAACUAUAAGUUGAUUGACAGUUUUCUAAACUUGAUCGACGAUAAGCAAAUCGUAUACCUGGAAAUGUUUUCAGAGUUCAACAACAAAUACGUCAAACCCAAGACCAACAUUUUGAAAAAGGAUGCCCUGGUGGACGCAACCCAGGGCCCCGAUAGCCUUUCAUCUGUUCUAGUCAAUCGCAAACCUUAUACGUUUACCAAGCUGCGGGCAUUCACUACCCACGAUGCAAAAGGUCACGCCGUGACCGAAUACGUCGAGCCACCAGCUGACGGGGAAAAUUUGGGUCAGGGCCAGGGCCAACAGGCAAGUUUCUUACCACCAUCUCCAUCGCGAGUGCCGGAUCCGAGAACAAGUCGUUUACUGAGCAGAUUUCCUAGUCGCCGGUCGAGUGUUUUCAAUCACGAACCGAAUUAUUCAGUACCACCAUCGUAUCCUUUCCAUCCUCAGCACCAUGAUAACCACCACCAUUAUAGGUCAUCCACGCCAUAUGAAAACGCAAAUAUACACCCCGACUUGAUGCGUUCGGGCCCCUUCCCCAGAUUGCCCCAAUCCUCCGAGGGCACGACUUUUUAUCCAUACAACAACUACCCAGCGAGGGAGAGUCCCUCUCACAGGUGCAACUACAGCGCCAGAAACAGUCCGCAACGGUUAUCUCCCAUGAGACCUAAUCUAGAAUACGACAGAAGAGGAAGCGCAGACCUUUACGAUCAGCACAUUUACCACGAGCCACUGGGGAUGCGAUCUCCUUCGCCCGAGAGAAGCCCCAUAUAUUAUAGAAGCCCCUCGCCACGCAGACCUCCAGACUUUAGCAAACAACAACCCCCACCGCCUGGUGCUCCUCGGUGA